CGUUGACCAAACGUGGAAGCCGACACUGUUGCCUUGGGAACUGGAAUUACGUUCAGAAUUAGGGCGUUCGAAGCUGGCAGAAUUAGAUGCGGGGAUCGCGCCAAGCUACGUUUUGAGGACAAAUAGAAUAAUAGAAGUUAAAGUGACACAUUUUCCUGCUUUAUUUAGGUUAUGUUUAAACUGACAAUAAUUCGGGCGGAAGUAAGACGUAUGACGUCGCAGGAGGGGCGGAUGUAGUGGUCAUACCCAGUCAGGUGACCGGUGGAUUCUCUUCAAUAGAGCAUUUAAACCAGUUGGGACAAAUCUCAUUUCCACCAUGUCCAAAAGCUACAACCCUUUUGAUGAAGAUGAGGACGAUGACUUCAAGACCGUCAAUUGGAACAAUAGCGGAGACCCCUAUGAAGACCCAGCACAGAGGAGGAAGAGAGAGGAGGCUGACAGACAGAUGUCUUUGCAACAUGAAGUCAUGAGGAGGGCACAGUCAACAGUGGACAGCAGCAACAGGUCUUUAUCCCUCCUCUAUGAGUCCGAACAGGUUGGGGUGGAUACCGCUCAGGAGCUGAUUCGUCAGGGAGAAGCAUUGAAACGCACAGAAAAGAUGGUGGAUAAGAUGGAACAGGAUAUGAAGACCAGCCAGAGACACAUUAAUAGCAUUAAGAGCAUGUUCAGUGGCUUCACAAACUACUUCAGAGCUAAACCUGUAGAAGUCCCUGUGCAGAACGGAGCUGCUGAUUACAGCGCUAGCAACAAGCUACAAGAGGCCAUGACCAUGAGCAAAGAACAGGAAGACAAAUAUCAAGCCACUCACCCCAACCGACUCAGGAGGGAAGCAGCAGAGCUCGGUACUAAUCCGAGUGCAUCCAGCUCUGGAUACCAACACAAGAACCAGGCUCUCAAAAAUUACCAUCAAAAAAUCGAUAAUAAUUUAGAUGAUAUGUCGCUAGGUUUAGGUCGCCUUAAGAACCUUGCCCUUGGGCUUCAGACUGAGAUUGAUGAGCAGGAUGAGGUGAUUGGACGGCUUUCUGGAAAGGUGGAAAAUCUAGACUUGAACAUCAAGACCACAGACGAGCGGAUAAGGAAAGAACUGUGAAAGUCGAUCUGAAACCACUAUAUCUAUUGAUCCAUACACUCCAAAUCUAGUCUUAUUUCCUUUAGGUUUAUACACAGGCCAAGAUCAUCAAUUCACCCUCUUUUAUUCUUUGGACUCAAAACAAUCCUUUCGAGGAAGUAAUGUAGAUGGUUGAACCUCACAGGCUGCCUUGCUAAAAAAAAUGAAUAUGUCACAGUGUUAUCCUUAAUUAAGAAAUGCUCUUAAUGUGUACUGUUUUAAAGUGAUUUAAACGUGUGCAAACAUUUUACAUAGAUUUAAGGUCAAGCUGUUGAACAAAUAAAUUCCUUGAUACAUGUGCAA